GCUUCGAAUAUCCAUUAAAAAAAAUGCGUCCUACCGGCACGUUGGCAACACCGAUUUACAAUCCUCGAUUUUCAUAAAUGUUGGAAUUAUGUUUGAUUUGGCUAGAAAUUAAUUAUAUUUUUGCUAACAGAAUGUCUCAGAGAGUGUGUAUUCAUCAGUUAAAAUAAUACAGACGACAUAAUAAUAUCCAAUAUGAAUGAGAGAGACAUACCCAGUGUGCCGAUCACUACACUGGCAGGAGUAGCCAGUCUGACUGACCUUUUACCAGUGCUACCACUUCCCACCCCGCUCCCCUCCACCUUGAACAACAAGUCGCAGCUGUUCCACCCGCGCGUGGCCGAGGAGGCGGCCAUCUUGCUCGCCACGCAGGAUGAGAACCUGGUGACGCUGCUGCUGCAGUCCUUGAUGCAGACCUCUGUGGAGCACAUAGACCUCAAAGACGAAUCUAUAACCAGCGCAGUAAGCCCGGCCCCGCAGCAAGCCACACCGGAACUACUUAAAGCAAUCCUCAGUGUGAACCCAAACGUUUUCGAUCAGACACAGAGAAAUCACUGGGGCAACCAUGUGAAUGCUGCAAAAUUUAACGGGCUGUCUCCUUCCGGGUCUUAUAACUAUGCGUCGCACCAGUCGAGCCCGGCGUCGGUGGGCACGGUGCACUCAGGCGUGCCGGGGCAGCUGGCCCAAUCCUCUCCUCAUGUGAACAUGGGGUCCCCGCCCUCGCAGGCGCGCCCCGGCCACCAGCUCAACGUCGCCGCUCAGAACAACGUCUCCCCGCUCUGGAACAGCGCCAACUCCUCCACCUACACCAGCCCAGUUUCACACAGUACUGCCAACUCUCAGAACGGUGGUUUUUAUAACAGCUUAGCGCAGGACAGUAACAGUAAUUUCGGAACGAGUCUGAGUGAAGACAAGGACCCGCUGUCGAUGUCGCCCGGCAACUCGGGGGACACGCAGAGGCUAACCAUGCAGACGCAAGAAAAAGUAUUUGAACAAGACGGCAACGUGAUGACGGGCCAGUCGCCGGCGCAGGCGAGCGUGGCGCCGUCGCCGCUGCGGCUGGAGCCCUCGGUGCCGCAGCCGUCGAUGGGCGCGCCGUACGCCCCGCCCGCGCCCGCCCCUGCCCCCGCCCCCGCCCCCGCCACGCCCGGCAAGGAUGCCAAGACUAAUGCCAUGGAGAACAGGUUUCCUGUCGUCAGGCUUGGGCGGUUAUCGGAAGGCCUACUGAAAAAGCACGAGUUCCCUUCGGAGCGGUCCCGCAAGAACAGUUCCCUCGAGUCGGAUGACGACGCGCCGCUGGCCAAGAGCAAGGCCAGCAAGCCCGCGCCCGACAAGGAGCGGGAGGCCAUCGACAUAGCUCGGGAGAAGAACUGGGAGGCCGUCAAGAGGAAACAUGAGGAGGCCAAUAAGAAGGAGGAGGCUGAGACUGCUAUAGUGAAGCCGAAGCUGCGCAAGGUGGAGCGGCGGCUGGUGCCGGUGAUCGAGAUGCUGUCGGUGGACGAGCUGAUGGAGACUAACACGUACCAGCGCUUCAACAAGCUCAUCGAGGCCGUGUUCGACGCCAUCGACGACGACGUCAUCAUCACGGACGAGAUGGAAGCGACAGACAUCCCCGAGGAGCUGCUCCUCCCGCGGUACCAACUACAAGAGCUGUGCGCUGAAGCGGCCAAGCUGAAGACGCUGGGCGCCAUGGAGGCCAUCCCCGCCGACCGGCUGGUGCGGCUGCUCAAUAUACUGGAGAAGAAUAUCAGGGCUGCUGAGAAGAUGUCGUUGCUGGGGGAUCCGGAGGACAGCGAAGAGAUGCGUCAGAUCUGGGUAGAAUCAGCCCUGGAACGGGUCAUGUGUGCCUCCGACGCCUGCCUCACCGCGCUCUACGUGAUGACGUCACCCAACAUGCCCAAGCGAAUCUUUCUGGAAGACGUCAUCGACCGAAUAGUCAUGUUCAUCAAGUUCCAGCUGAACAAUACCAUAUACUGCGUGUAUGACCCGGUGUACAGCAUUCAGACCACGUCCAAGAAGAAAGUCGACGGUCGCAAGCGGCGCGGCGGCGCCACGGCCUCCGGCCCCCGGCGCGGCGCGCACAGCUCGCGCGGCGUGCGCGAGUUAUACACGCAUGCGCACGAGAGCGUCGCACUACUCGCCGAGCUGUUCGGCGCGCACCAUCUGACUGAUACGACGGUGUUACAUGCCUCUACGGUCGGAGUGUCGCCGUUCUUUGUAGAGAACGUUAGUGAGUUGCAGUUGGCGGCGUUGAAGCUUGUUACUACGGUAUUCCAAAAGUACGAGCAGCACCGUCGGCUCCUCCUCGAGGACAUCUUGGCCUCCAUCGCGCGCAUCCCCUCGUCCAAGCACAACCUGCGCUCGUUCCAGCUGAACUCAGAGCAGCACAUCCAGAUGCUGACGGCGCUGGUGCUGCAGCUCGUGCAGUGUGUGGUCCAUCUCCCAGAGCAGCUGGGGAAGGAGGACGGGGAUAGUAAGAAGCACGUGGACAAAGACCUGCUGAUAAUCUCCAAGUACGAAGCCGCCAUCAGCGUGGGCGGCACGUUCCUCACGUCAUUCCUCAACAAGUGCCGCUCUCGUAAUGAAGACGUGGAUUUUCGGCCGCUGUUCGAGAACUUCGUGCAUGACCUGUUGACGACUGUGAACAAGCCGGAGUGGCCCGCUACGGAGCUGCUGCUGAGUUUAUUGGGGACUAUGCUGGUGAAAUACAUGUCGGACAAGUCCAUGGAGAUGUCCGUCCGGGUGGCCUCCCUAGAAUACCUGGGGCUGGUGGCGGCGCGGCUGCGGCGCGACGGGGUGCGGUCGCGCGCCUCGCUCGCCUCCAUGCACGGCGUGGUGCGCGACAUCCGCGCCGAGGAGCUCAAGGACCAGGCCAUGCAGGGCGGCACGUCCGGUCUGGACGAGGACGAGGAGCGCACGGAGUUCCUGCAGCGAGUCCUGCUCGACUACCUCGCCGUCAACGGACAGAAGGACCAGGCCUGGAACUGCGCCCGCCACUUCUACAUCACGCAGUGGUACCGCGACAUGGUCGUCACGCCCAAAACCUCCUCACCCACCAAAAAGACUAAAAACAAAUCGAAAAAGAAGUAUAAAGGAGAAACCAGUGAAGAGGACACAGAGGACGAUGAUAGCGAUGAUGAUAUUAAAGAGAAGAAGCUGACGAGUGCGAUAGUGUCUGCGGAGAAGUUCAAGACGAUAGAACGGCGGAAAGCGUUCUUUCUGGAGAAGAUCCGGCCGUUCCGCUACCAGGGCGGUACGCAGGUGCAAGUCAUGCAGUCCUACAUAGACUACAGCGGGGCCGAGCUGAUAUCGCAGUAUUUAGGGUCGAAGAGGUCUUUCUCGCAGAGCUUCGACAAGUAUUUGAGAAAGAUCCUAGUAAUCCUGUGCGAGAACACGAUCGCCAUCCGUACGAAAGCCAUGAAGUGCCUCGCGAUGAUAGUGGAAGCGGACCCCUCAGUACUGGCCAGGCCUGACAUGAAGAUAGGAGUGAACCGCUCGUUCCUGGACCAGUCCACGGCUGUGCGCGAGGCCGCCGUCGACCUGGUCGGCAAAUUCGUGCUCAGUCGCCCCGAGUUGAUAGAUAAAUAUUAUGAGAUGCUGUCUAAUAGGAUAUUGGACACCGGAGUCUCAGUCCGAAAACGAGUGAUCAAAAUCCUAAAAGACAUCUGCAUAGAAUGCCCAGAAUUCCCCAAGAUCCCCGAGAUCUGUGUCAAAAUGAUCCGACGAGUGAACGACGAAGAAGGCAUUCGGAAACUAGUGAUGGAGGUGUUCCAGAACAUGUGGUUCACGCCGUGCCCCGCCGCGCCGCGCGCCGCGCUGUCGGCCGACAUGACGGCGGCGGCGGCGGAUCCACUAACCCGGAAAGUGCUCAAUAUCACGGACGUGGUGAUAUCGUCCCGGGAUAUGGGCUUGGAGUGGUUUCAGCAGCUGCUCAAUAGUUUAUUUAAACCGAAAGAGGACAAAGAUGACUCGACGAAGAUAAUAACGGCGCCGCCCAAGUCGCUGCUGCUGGCGUGCCAGCAGAUCGUGGACUGCCUCAUCGAGAACCUGUUGCAGUUAGAAGAGACCAGCGCGGAAGGCUCCGGCUCGUCGCAACGCAUUUUGGCGUGUCUGUCCACGCUGCAUUUAUUCGCUAAAAUUAGGCCCCAAUUGUUAGUUAAUCACGCGUUGACGUUGCAGCCCUACCUCAGUUUAAAAUGUCAGAGUCAAUACGAGCAGCAAAUCAUGUCGACCGUCGCCACAACUCUAGAACUAGUUGUCCCUCUAAUGGAGCACCCCAGUGAAGUCUUCCUAGCUCAGUUAGAAGAAGACGCGGUGAAGCUGAUACUGCAGCGAGGGCAGCUGGUGAUAGCCUCGUGCAUCGCGCUUCUAGCCGCUAUUGUUAAUAAUCUAACGAAGAAUUAUAAGCUGAUACGUGACGUGUUCAAUAAGUAUCAUGGCGUGCUCCUGCAAUGGAAGCGCAGCUGGCAGGCCAACUCGGAGUACACCCGCGCGCUGCACAUGCGGCCGCAGUUCCGCCGCUCGCUGUUCAUAGUGGGCCUGCUGCUGCGCUACUUCGACUUCACCGAGCCCACCGUCAUCGAGGGGCUGCCGGCCGACAUCAAAGAGCAAGUAUUCUCCACUCUAAUGUACUUCGUGAACCUCGAAGACGAAGACUUCGUCUCGCACACACUAAAAGCUCUCGGCUCAGUGUGCGUGCGACACUACGAGUUCAUGCUCAGAGAUGACCUCAAGGAGUUCUACCAACAUCUGCUGACGUCGGAUCUCGCGCCGAUCGAGAUGAAGACGGAUGUGCUGAGGAAUAUAGAGAUGUACCUGCAGGAGGAGGAGCAGAGGAUGAUCAGGCAGGAUAAGGAGUGGUCAAAGCGCUCCAAACAAGAGAACCUCAAAGAGAUGGGCGACGUCUCAUCCGGCAUGGCGUCGACCGUGAUCCAGCUGUACCUGGGCAGCGUGCUGGGCUCGCUGCAGCAGGCGGCCCGCAGCGCGCGCUCGGCCGCCAUGCGCGUCGUGCAGCUCGUGCUGGCGCAGGGGCUCGUGCACCCCGUGCAGAUCGUCCCGUACCUGAUCUCGAUGAGCACGGACCCUGAAGUCACCGUCUCACACACAGCAGACAAGCACCUGCAGGAGAUCGACAAGAAGUACCCCGGGUUCAUCCACAUGAAGGCGCAGCUCGGGAUCCGCCUGUCGUACCAGCUGCAGAGGAUACUGCAGCGGCAGGAUAAAUCAGGGGUUAUACGGGGGUUCAGGAAAAAGGACCAGGACGAGCUGCCGUCGUCCCUCAACGGCUUCCUGUACUCGCUGCUGCGCAACACGCGGCCGCAGCGGCGCGCGCUCGUGCUGUCGCUGCUCAAGCAGUUCGACGACGUGUCGACGGCUCCCCUGGAUCAACUCCUGUACCUGGCUGAUAAUUUAAGUUACUUUCCGUUCCAAGUUCAAGACGAACCGCUGUUUAUAAUACAUCACAUUGACAUCAUCAUAUCAACGUCUGGGUCCAAUCUGCUGCAGCUUUUUCGUGAGGGCCUAAGUCCAUCCGGCCAACAGAAGGGCGACCUCGACGAUGAAGAAGAAGACGACGAGGAGGCGGAGUCGCUGGUGGCGCGGCUCCCGGAGAACACGCGGCCGCUGCAGGACGCCAUGAGACAAGCAAGAGGGUGUCUGUUGCUGCUGGUGCUCAAGCAGCAUCUGAAGCAGUCUUAUGGACUGACUGAUGCUAAGAUCAGCCAGUACUCGCCGUCAGAGAGCGUGAAGGUGUACGAGAAGGCGGUGUCGCGGCGGCUGGCGCCGGUGUUCGCGCCCGCCGCCGCGCUGGCGCAGCUUAGUGCGCCGCCCGAGCAGGACGAGCUCGACGAUCAAGGGAGGAAGAGACUCGUCGAUGACUACCUCGAGUUCAAGCAGCUGAUGCUGAAGUUCGACCCUGAAGAGGAAGAAGAGGAGGAGGCGAACACGAGCGGCGCGCCGGCGGCGGCGGCGGGCGCGGGGGCGGCGGGGGGCGCGGGGCAGGCCGGGCCCGCGCCCGCGCCCGCGCCGCCGCCCGCCUCAUAGCACCCGCGACAGUGACUGUGAAGGACUCUCAGAGACACAUCCCCAUUGUACAUACACUCAUUCGAAAUGUUAGUGACAACCCUAUUAAUCUAUGGCUUUCUUUCGUUAGAAAGAGUAUUUUUUUCGACUUAUUUAUUUAAUUCUAAUUAAAAGAGGGUACGCGGACUGCUUCGUUACUUUAAGUAGAGUCUAAAUUCCGAGAUAUUUUUUUUAUAAUAAUUUAACGUCGUCGCGGCGCGCGGGCCCCCUGUACAUAGCCGCGCCCGCGACCUACCUGUAAGUCAUUUUAAUUUCUUUUGUAUAAGUUAUAUUUGAGAAACUCGAUUUGUUUUAUAAAGUCUUGUGUGUAGAUAAUUUUUAUGAAGAAUAUAAAGUAUAUGUAAUUACUUAACUUUGACUUUUUAAAUGGCAAUUUUAUUGAUGUUAUUUCUUUAUAAUCCAAUACCAUUGCGUUGCAAGCGUACAAACAGCCCGCGGCCCGGCGCCCGCCGCUGCGCAGGGCACUACAUUUCUUAUGAUCUAAGAGAAUAUUGAUUAAAGCUAUGAAAUUAGAUUUCUAAAUAGAAAUA